CAGUUGGUUAGAGCUCGACAACUGUCUCUCUGUAGCUCAGUUGGUUAGAGCUCGACAACUGUCUCUCUGUAGCUCAGUUGGUUAGAGCGCUGCACCGGAAUCGCAGGUUCAAUUCCUGCCAGAGGGGCGAUAGUUGCAUUUUCUCCAACUGCUCCUGGUUAAGUCCAAUGAAUGUAUAAAAAUUCCAUUCAAAAUUGCCAUCCGACAAAUCCCUUCAAUUAAAUAUUAUGCCGCAUUUUUUCAGGGCAUACCACGCACAACAUGGCUGUAAUUUCACGAGUGUCAUUCCCACAAAUGUGUUUGGACCUUAUGAUAAUUUUAACCUUGAAGAUGGACAUGUUAUUCCUGGACUCAUUAACAAGAUUUAUCACGCAAAAAGUAAGAGAUUUAAAGUUUGUUCGUUCGCUGCAACCAGGUAUAUCAAUCAUGUUUCGCUCGCUACUCUGGUUUAAAUAAAUGAUUACAAAGCCCAGUCGAAUUGUAAUCAAGACCCAACGUUUCGACACUCCAGUCUAGUGUCUUCAUCAGGGGUGAUUUAAAACUGCGAUCGUGGCUUCUUAAAUACCCAAGGGAUGACGUCAAGAUAUAUUUCGUACCUUUGUAGUAUUCCGCUUAAGAGGCAAUUUUUUUCAUUGUCGCCUAUUUGCGAUGAAAAGUGCUCAAAACCUAAAAUCUUCUUGGCGUUCCUCGCAAAAUUACUUUGUUUUAGCUUUAUUUUGUAGUUUACACAGUUAUAGCAACCUUUUUAAAUGUAUCUGGUUAUAUAUCUGGUGGUUGAAAAACACAAAAUAAUAGUUAAAUAUUGUCAAUUUAGAUAUAAUUACCACUGAUGCUGUAAAAUUGACGCCAUAUUUAUACAGCAAUAUAAGCAAAACUUACUGAACUUCAGACAUAAUUUUCUCUUUGGCGUACCAUCUAAAAUCUCUUCAUUUCAGCAUUAUUUUACAGAUAAAGCACUAAACAUACUUUUUAAGCUUGUUUGGCGCUUGGAAAACGUAUAAAAAUUUAAAUUGUAACAUACAAACGAUUCUCCUCUUAACUGUUAUAAUUUAACCUUGAUCCUUACACUUUCUUAAGAAGAUGCAUGGGCAGUUUGUUUGGUUAACCCAUUGAGUGGCGGCACUCUCCACUUGACAAGUAAAAUCGUCUGGCGUUAGACAGAAUAAAAUAGUCUGGCGUUAGACAGAGUAAAAUACUAAAAGUAGGGCGCAUCGGGGUGCUUUCCAACGGGUUAAACAUGAUCCUAAACAUGAAAUGUAUAUCAUAUUCUUAGAAGAAGGAAAACCAUUCGAAGUUUGGGGAACGGGAAAACCAAGACGACAGUUUAUCUAUUCAUUGGUACAGUAUACCAGCUACGUUCAGUUCAUACAUACUAUUUUAUACUGAUCAAUGUAAACUUUGACAAAGUUAAGAUGGCUUAAAUUUAAAUAUGUAAACAUGUUGAGCUUAUGAUUUUUCUGUGUUGGUGUAAUGUACUCAGGUGAAUAUGAUACUUGUGAUGUUACUCUGAGUGUAUAUCCACACCGGGCAUUAGCUUGAAAAAUAUGCCUGACCACGGUGGGAAUCGAACCUACGACCUUUGGAAUACUAGCCCAAUGCUAUAUGAUGCUUGUGAUGUUACUCUGAGUGUAUAUCCACACCGGGCAAGCUUGAAAAAUAUGCCUGACCACGGUGGGAAUCGAACCUACGACCUUUGGAAUACUAACCCAAUGCUAGUAUUCCAAAGCUUGCCCGGUGUGGAUAUACACUCAGAGUAACAUCACAAGCAUCCUAUUCACCUGAGUACAUUACACCAACACAGAAAAAUCAUUACUGAUUAUUAGAUUACAUUGAUAUCGAAGGAACUAGAUUCUGUUCCGAAAUAUCACAUACUCGAACCGAUCUGACCGCGUAGCUCAGUUGGCAGAGCAUUGGGCUAGUAUUCCAAAGGUCGUAGGUUCGAUUCCCACCGUGGUCAGGCAUAUUUUUCAAGCUUUCCCGGUGUGGAUAUACACUCAGAGUAACAUCAUAAGCAUCAUGUUGAGGUUGUUAUACAGCCAUAUUUUCAAAUAUACUGUACUUUAACAAGCAAAUCUACUGUGCAGUCAAGCAUACGUGAUAAAAAGCCGAUAUAUACUUUAUAAACAAAAGAUGCAGAUUCGGCCAUCUCAAAUAAUGGUAAUGUUAAGCCCUGGGCAAACUAGGAAACAUUGUUGCGGAAACAUUUGUGAUUCUCGAUGUUUCCUCAAAUGUUUCAAUGUUUGCCCACCCGUGGAAACAUUGUUGCGGAAACAAAAUUUGCUUCCCGGGAAGCAAAAAUGUUUCCUACCGAAAUCAGAAACAUUUGAUGUUUCCUUAUGUUUCUCACUAAUGUUUCCUAGUGUUUGCCCACUCUGGGAAACAUGGCGAAACAUUGGUAGGAAACAAUGUUUCCGCAACAAUGUUUCAGCAACGUUUCCUAGUUUGCCCAGGGCUUUAGGCUAGUAUAGCGUUGCAGAGGAGACUCAGGAGAGGUGCGACCAUCUCGUCCGACCAUUCUAAGAUUUCUAAGAAGCAAGCAAAUUGUUUUCCAGGACUUGGCGAGACUGAUGAUCUGGGUUUUGCGAGAGUAUAAUGAGACCUCGCCGAUCAUUCUGUCUGUUGGCGAGGAAGAUGAAGUGUCUAUUAAGGAAGCUGUCGAGAUGAUAGUGGAAGCUAUGGAGUUCAAAGGAGAACUAACUGUAUCCUUGAAGAAAUCAGUUAUAGUCAUACUGAGCUAUAUACCAGCAGACCACAGGAGAACAGGGGCGGUUCUACCGUGGGAGGGGCACCCCAACUAGUAGUAUCUAGCACGCCCUAGAGAAGUCCAGCCCCACCCAAAAAAAAUCUGCUUGACCAUACAUUUUCUAGUUUUCGAAUAGCGAUUAGCGGAACUUCUACUGUUAGCAUGCGUCGAUUUGUUGAAACUAUUUAAUUGAUUUGUGAGCUCACGAGAAAAUACUCGGAAUGCUUUAGUUAAGUAUCAUGUUUAAAUAUGUAAACAUGUCGAGGUUGGUAUACAGCCAUAAUCAAACAUACUGUACUUUAACAGGCAAAUUUACUGUACUGUGCUAACUGUCCAGUCACGCAUACGUGAUAAAAAGCCGAUAUAAACUUUAUAAACAAAAGAUAAGGUAAAACGUAACAGAACGGCGAACAUGCAGAUUCGGGCAUCUCAAAUAAUGGUAAUGUUGGUAAGGCUCCCCCAUGCACCACCCCAUGCACCACGCCAGAUCCGCCCCUGUAGGAAAUACCAUUCAUAAUAGGCAUUCCUCAAAACAAACAAGCAUAUACCAUGUAAGUAAUGUAUAUAGUAAAUUAUGUCAAACUGAUUGAGACCUUGACAUGUGUGCCAGUAUGAUACAACCAAGUCUGAUGGGCAAUUCAAGAAGACAGCAAGCAAUGCAAAAUUAAGAAAGUACAGACCUGAUUUUAAAUUCACUGAUAUUAAACAAGGUAUACGUUUCUGGUGAUGAUCGCUGAUCUAACUUGUGUAAUUCAUUUUACGCUAGAGUUGAUUAAGCUACCUUCUUUGUACUGCUUUGUCCUGUAGACCAAGUAUACUACUUAACAAUUAUUCGUCGAAGGCGAGGUGAUUAUCGGUGAAUAAAAACAGAGACGAAGUCGAGAUUUUUAUUCACGAUAAUCACCGAGCCUGAGGUGAAUAAUUGUUUUAGUAUAAUGGAUGAUUCUAGCUUUUGACUAAAUUUUGAUCUAGGCAAGAAAAACAAAAUCCAUUACCACAGCUAGAAAGAGCAUGUUAAAAUUAGUAAAAUUGCAACGUUUGGUUGCGAAAUGUUGUAAAAUGAAGAAAAUAUAGCCCUGCGAAAUUUGCAAAUUUUGUAUUAAUUUGUAUUGCGCGCGGGAAAAUGCACCACUUUCCGCCCAAAUGUGGUGCAUUUUCCCAUGCGUAAUACAAACUAAUGCAAAAUUUGCAAAUUUCGCAAGGCUGUAUUUUCCGCAUUUUACAGCCAAAUUUCGCAACCAAACUUUGCAAUUUUACUAAUUUUAACAUGCUCUUUCUAGCUGUGGUGAUGGAUUUUGUUCUUCUUGCCUAGAUCAAAAUUCAGUCCAUAGCUGGAAUUAUUUCAUAGGUGAUUAUUUGGAAAAAAACAUUCAUUUCAUAGGUGAUUAUUUGGGAAUAUUUCUUCGCCAUUUCGAAAAUCGUUUAGGUUAUUAUCACGUUACAAUCACCUCAACGGCAACCAAUCAGCGUGGAGAAUAUGCAAUAAUCACCUUUAUUAUAUAAACAUAAGUGUUAUAUAGAGUUUUUGGCCACUGAGAAAAAUCGUAUUUAAACACACGUAAAAAAUGCGAUAUUUUUACGUGUGAAAAUAUCAUUUGUUGUAAAACGCAUUGCCACGGACGUUUUAUUGUUUUUUUCUGAAUUAUGCGCCUGUUCAACACAAGAAAUAAAUCUGGUAUUUCCGCGCAUCCAUGUAUUAUUCUCUAUAUAUGUAAUUAUACUAAAUGAUAUUAAGCCCGGUUUACAUGCACUAUCAAAUAAAAUACUUUUUCUCUUUUGUAGCUUUGCGUGAAACUUGCCAAUGGUUUGAAGCAAACUACGAGACCGUAAGAAAAUGAACGCUUGCCAUUUAAAUAUUUAAGCAUAUCUUUUCAACUGAUAGUAUAUUAUUCGGCAUAAUUAUUGGUGGCAUUUGGGUCAAUCAAAAUAGAUAUUUUCCACGAUUUGACAAUAUCACGCGUAAACAAAGGAAUAUGCAUUAAAUUAUUUUAAGAUCCUACUCUAGACUAGCAACUUGUCGUAAAAAUAUGAAUUAAUAUUAAAACAAAACCUUUUAAUCUUGGUAGCUUUUUAAGCUUUAUUUUACAUCAUUUCAAAAGCAGUUUAGCAUAGACGUUUGCAAAUUAUAUAUACUAUUCUAUAUGUAUUAUUUCCUCUCUCUGGGAAUAACCUCAGAAUAUUUCCCUUAUUGCGUGCAACAUGCUUAAUAUUUUUCUGGCCAGAAUAUAUAUAGCAGUCUUUAAACGCCGAACAGAAAAGUUCUAAAGUCAGAUAUGCAGGAUCUAGUGUUAAUUUUUCAUCCAGGAAGCUGUUUUACUUGUGGCGACAAAGUUUUGUGCGAUGUUCACUAUUUUUAAAUACUUUGCAUGGGACUCCAAUGGUUUGUUAGACAAAUGAUAACUACAGAUGGCUUACUCGCAUAUCCAGAACAAAAAUAUGAAUGUUGGCAUCAAUAACUAAGGAGAUUAUUGUUCACACAACGUGCUAACCUGUGACGUCACGGCUCAUCUGCUACGUCAUACUCCUCCUCAGCCUCUUCAGUUUUUUUCUCGGUUUUGGCUGCAGCAUCCUUGGCGUUGGGUACCCAGAGUCCAGAAUCAACACACUUCUUGAGAUGAGAACGUGCUUCUUCUUCGGGUAGCUCCGCCAACACUUUCUGAAGCAUGGGAAUGUCUUUCUUCUCAAAACAUUCUUGAAGAGCCUGAAACGAUACAAUUUAGCAUUUCAUUCAAAAAUGC